AUGGAGGGUGUAGCAAUUCAAACGGGAUAUAAUAGAAAUAAUGUCACUUCUGCUUUGAAGCCUGAUGAAUAUAGGAACUACGGCUUUCCUCUUGGACAAAGUUUUAAACUAGAAGACAUACCGUGGAAGUCAACGGAAAAGGAGUACGAUUUCGGUGUCAUUGGGCUGCAUUCUGAGAUAAAAGACUUCCUGAACUACAUAUCACCGAAUCCAGCAGAACAGUUUGCUCGUGAGGUAGUCGUUGCCAAGGUUAAGGACAUUGUGUAUGGUCUGUGGCCAAAUUGUCAAGUUGAUGUCUUCGGAAGCUUUAAGACAGGCCUGUAUCUUCCCACAAGUGACAUUGAUAUGGUCAUAUUCGGGAAAUGGGACGCCUUACCUCUACAUACUUUAGAACAAGCUCUGUUCAAAAGUGGCAUUUCAUCUGAAAUCAAGGUUUUAGACAAGGCCACAGUACCGAUUGUAAAAAUGACAGAUAAAGAGACAGAACUUCGAGUGGACAUUAGCUUUAAUAUGAUUAAUAGUGUCAAAGCGGCGGAGCUUAUCAGAGUUUUCAUGAAAAAAUACCCGUGCCUCCCAUACCUGGUGUUCGUUUUAAAGCAAUUUUUGCUUCAACGAAGCUUAAAUGAAGUGUGGACUGGAGGAUUGAGCUCAUACGCACUCAUAUUAAUGUGUGUUAGUUUCCUGCAACACACACUACGCCCCGAAGUCUCUAUUGAUGAUGUCAAUUUGGGCAUUCUAUUGGUCGAGUUCUUCGAGCUUUAUGGUCGUCAUUUCAAUUACAGAAAUACAGCUAUUCGUAUAACAAAUGGUGGGUGUUAUGUUCGUAAGGAAGUUGUCCAACAAAAUAUGGAGAGAGGCUUACGUCCAUCGCUUCUUUGUAUUGAGGAUCCGCUUUGCCCUGGUAACGAUGUUGGUCGUCGAUCCUAUUGUGCACUCCAAAUUAAACAGGCUUUUGAAUAUGCCUACGUUGUUCUUAGUAGUGCCGUACUUCCUCAGUAUCAUUUUUUGCACUGCAACACUGAUGUUUCAAUACUUGGACGAAUCAUUCGUAUUUCCAAAAAGUCUGUUGAAUUCCGUCAAAGGAUCCAAGAUUAUGCUCAUCACCUACGCGCUUCACUCCCAGUAAAUACAAAAAUGUUGCAGGGAAGUGUAAGUAGCAGAUCUCAAAAUUUCAUCGUUCCAUCGAGUCCCUGGGUCGCACAGUCCAACCUGAACACAGUCAAUAGAAUAGAUUGUACACUGCCACCAUCUGUAGAACAAAGAACUGAUUUUUCUGUGCAUUCCAAUUUACCUGUUCCUAAAAAUGAACAACUUGAUCUGCCGAUUCUUGUUUGGCAAUCGAAUCCCAGUGUUAAUGCAUCCCAAGUACCAAAGCUUUCCGGUGCACAAGAUGAAUGUGUUGCCGAUGACAAUACUUCUCGAUCACAGAUUAAUUUCUCAGUAGAAAAACCCGUUAGUAUUUCUAGUUCUGACAGCUAUAACGAGCAUAUUGAAAUAAUUAACUCGGAGACUUCAAGUGAUGAAGGAGACCUUCAUUGCAAUACUAAUGGCGAAUCCGAUGUUGAAAAACCUGGAGAAUACAGCGUAUUAGCGGAUGAACUUGCUUCCCUAACAACAUUUAACCAAAUAGAGAAGAAAAACAUUUUAUCCCCAAUAGUUAACACUGAUUCGUUAAAGUCUUCAGAGGUUACUUUCAGAAAGCCCCACCAAGGUCGUAAAAGACGCUGCUUACGGGUAUUAACAUCCUCCAAACCUAACGCGGGUAACUCUUCAAAUCAGCAGUCAGGAAAUCUCCGUGAUGAUUGUAUCGUGUCUAUGUAUCCAAACGUAAGAGAUGUCGCUUUUUCGGCCCAAAGAACAAGUUCCCAAAACCAUGUUCACGGAAAAAGUAACAGUUUUUGUAAGUCAUAUGAAAAACCACAUCACAGUGCCUUGCUUUGUUUCCCUACCUCUGUUGGAUCUCAAGUUUCGCGCUCAAAUAAUGUGGGUUCUAAUAGUUUUUCCCGCUUGUCUCAAGCACAAAAACGCCAUGCAACAACUUCUAGACGCUCAAAGUAG